UUCUUCUCCUCCAGUCCGCAGGAGACCCACGCGCGCUCCCCGAACACAGACUCACUGUGCCGCAGGUGAAGAGAGAAGCGCGCGGCGCACGGCGCACCCGCAGCGGCAGAUCAUGCACUGUCAAGCCGAGCUACGGCUGUCGUCCCCGGCGCAGCUGAAAGCUGCCAGGCGGCGCUACAAGACCUUCAUGAUCGACGAGAUUCUCUCCAAGGAGACGUGUGAUUAUUUCGAGAAACUUUCUCUCUACUCCAUGUGUCCGUCGCUCAUUGUGCGGCCGAAGCCUCUGCAUUCGUGUUCGGGAUCCUCGUCUCUCCGUGCCUACCCCCUCCUGUCGGUGAUCACACGGCAGCCCCCGAACCUGUCCCCCCACCUCCACCAGCCCUCGUCCCCCGGCGGCAUGCCCCCGCACCUGUCCCUGCUGUCCCCGCAGCAUCCACGGGGGUCGGAGCCCUCGCCCAGCCAGACGCCGCUCAGCAUCAGCAGCGAGUCGGACACGGAGCACAGCACGCCGCGCCUGAAGAAGCCGCGCCGCAGCCGCACCAUCUUCACCGAGCUGCAGCUGAUGGGCCUGGAGAAGAAGUUCCAGAAGCAGAAGUACCUUUCCACCCCCGACAGGUUAGACCUUGCCCAGUCCCUCGGCCUCACGCAGCUCCAGGUGAAGACGUGGUACCAGAACAGGCGCAUGAAGUGGAAAAAAAUGGUGCUCAAAGGAGGUCACGAGGCCCCCACCAAACCCAAGGGGAGACCCAAGAAGAACUCCAUCCCCACCACGGAGGAGAUCGAGGCUGAGGAGCGGAGGAUGCAGCUGGAGGAGGAGGAGAGGGCGAGGAGGGAGGCAGAGGGAGCAGCGCCGGAUGACGACGAGGAGCUGGAAGGUCACGAGCUCGGCUCAGAAACUCAUACUCCUGCAGAGGAGAUGGAGGAACCGGAGCGAGAGCUGCCACUGCUAAUGCAAUCAGAGACUCACGCCGUCAGCUCAGAGAGAACGACGCACGCCAAAGACUAAUCACCUGAAAACAAACAGUGCCUCAGGAUCACUGUAAAAAAAAACAAAACAAAAAGAGAUCAACCUGUGUGGUGUUUAGAGCCAUAGGCUUUAGGGAUUUGACUGGAAACAUAUCAGUGGUGUCCAAUCUUUGCCUAAUCUAGUCUUUUAUUUUGGUGUGUGAACUGGAACAAAGAGCUCAUGUGCAGACACUGGUUUCACUGGUCGACGCGGUGUAAGGAGUGUAAAUGUGUCAAAUCCAAACAGGUCAGUCCAGCCUCAGCGCGGUCGCACAUGUCGCAGCAUCAGCGGACUGUCCGACGGUCCGACGGUCCGACGGUCCGGACCGUGGUCCUCCUCUGCACCACAGCACCUAGCCUUGGUGCUGCGUGUGUUUGAGCUGCCUCUCACAGCCCACGUGCCAAAAUAUCCAAGUUUGCCUUCGUGACUUUGUACCAAAAAAUCUCUGCACUGUCAAAAAAAAAAAAAAAAAAAAA